CUCUAGGCGUCCAGCGACGCGCUUGACCGAACCGGAAGUGAGCCCGCAAUUAGGAGGAAGAAGCCGGUGCGGCCCCGUCAGCAGCCGGCCGCCGCUGUUCCGUGGGGCGGCGGCGGUGCGGCCGUGAACGAGCGGACCCCACGGGGACCGAGGUGGCAGCGCCAUGAAGCUGUACAGCCUCAGCGUACUCUACAAAAGCGAGCCCAAGGCAGUGCUGCUCAAAGCCGCGUACGAUGUGUCUUCCUUCAGCUUCUUCCAGAGGUCUAGUGUUCAGGAAUUCAUGACCUUCACAAGUGAACUGAUUGUGGAACGCUCAGCAAAAGGCAGCAGAGCUUCUGUCAAAGAACAAGAGUAUCUUUGCCAUGUCUAUGUCCGGAACGACAGUCUUGCAGGUGUGGUCAUUGCUGACAGCGAAUACCCAUCCAGAGUGGCCUUUACCUUGCUGGAGAAGGUACUAGAUGAAUUCUCCGAGCAGGUCGACAGGAUAGACUGGCCAGUGGGAACCCCUGCCACAAUCCAGUAUACAGCCCUGGAUGGUCACCUUAGUAGAUACCAGAAUCCCCGAGAAGCUGAUCCCAUGAGUAAAGUACAGGCCGAACUGGAUGAGACUAAAAUCAUUCUGCAUAACACCAUGGAGUCUUUGUUAGAGAGAGGAGAGAAGCUUGAUGAUUUGGUGUCCAAAUCGGAAGUACUAGGAACACAGUCGAAAGCCUUCUAUAAAACUGCCCGGAAACAAAACUCAUGCUGUGCAAUCAUGUGACGCAGCCUACACAGGCAGGCGCUGGAUCGUCACGUCACAUCAGAACUGCAGUCCCUGGAGAAGAAGAGACACCCUAGAAGAGGACCUGGAGCAGACUGGCUAUUUUUAUUUUGAAGUUACCAAGAGGAAUUGAGGGAUGAUUUGAGGGAGGGGGGAAUGUUCAAGUUCAUAUGUGUGGUUGUGACUUUUGGAAGGAAUUUGAGGCCCUCAAAAGUGUAUUGUCAGGAAAAUGAAACCAUAAACUGAGUGGCUCCUCUAGGUGCUGAAGAGCUUAUUCUCAGUAGAUAACCCUGGAAGGCUCUCUGGGAGGGAAUCUCUUUCUUAAUCCUUGGUAUGACUUUGAAUUUCAUUUGUGCAUUAAUGAUAUUAACACUCCAGUGAGUGGGGUGGGGAGGGGUCCCAGGUGGUAGGGCUGGGGUAGGCAGAGAUUGCUGCUCCCUUGUACUGUGGGGGUUGGGGAGCUCAUCACAGUGACCAAGCCAGUCCUAUGAAGAGCAGUGGUCACUGGAUCUCAAAUUCUAAACCUGUUUAGUGUGUCUGUCUGCUAGGAUUGACAUCUGCUGAGGUCAGGACCUAUCCUAAGUACUUUUACCCAGGACCAACCACAAAGAUGACUUGGGAAGUACUUGGAAUGGGCCUAGAUAGGCAGGGUGUGUGGGUUAUGAGCCAGCAGACUGGGAUUCAGCUGAGGAAAGGGGGCUGUUCUGGUGUUGGGAUGGUCAGCUGGGAGUGUCCAUCUUCAGGAGAAGAACCAGACACAGGUGCCCUCAGCUGUCCAGUGUGGAGACAUACCCCCUUGACUUGCAACACUAAAAUCAAAGUAGUGGGUGCUGUUGUCUCUCAAGCUGGAUUUUAUUUGCCUUUGUGUACAAGACUGUCUUGGCAACUGCUUGGGGACUGCAUGUUGGAAUCAAGUCAUUCAUGAAGGUACUAGGAGAGGUCCCAGCAGCCUGAAGACUCCCAGCACCCACCUGUGAUCUGUCCAGCUCUGGUCUGCAACCUUCUUCUUGGUCAAAGAGCUUCAGGGUAGUGGUGGCUGAGGGGUUGGUCUAAGCUGGUGCCCACUGCCAGCAGGUGCCAGAGCAGCCUAGAUGUUACUGGGCCCUGAACUGCCUCUUCAUGUCCUGCUGUGCUCCAUGCUGUAUCCAUGAAAUCCUGUCUCCCUGGAGGGUUGGUGUCAUCUGAAUUUUGAAGCUAACUUGUCUCAUCCUGAUGAUGCCUGCCCUGAGCUUGCUGUGCUGCCCUCAGAGAUCCAUGAGGGGUAGGUAUGUUGUAGAUUCUGAGAUUCCCUACCUGGUUGGUGUACCUGCCAUUACUCUUUCUCUGGACACUGCUAGUCAAAGGGCUUUGGCUUCCCCCUGCAGUAGCCUGCCCAUGUCAUUUUCCUACUGCCAGAGACCUCCCUGGCCCAAGGCCCCUGGAUGGUCACAUAUCCAGCCUGUUUGCUGAUACCUGAGUGGAAUACAGUGGGCCUGGGAUGGUGCCUUUCUCUUCCUAUUCGGAAGAGUGCUGGGGAAGAAUGGAGAGGGGUAGAAGUGUAAGUUUGUAGGAAAAGGUGACUUUCAUCUGCAUCUGACUGGCCUGCAGGGUCUGACCCAGCCCCUGCAGUAGAUGGAUCACCCUGCAUUCUGUUUCUCAUUCUAAUGUUUGGUCAUUUGGUAAGAGUGUAUUUUAAUAACACCUAAUUUCUUUAUGCUCUGUUUGAGGGGGUUCCUGUCUCGAUAUAUAAAGUUGUCUUUUGAAAUUGCA